UGUUUUCAUUGUUUCAUAGAUUCCUUCAUCGGUUAUUUUCUAGGAAAAGAAAAGAGACAGAGAAACCAAACACUGAUGGACGGGAAAGUACAAGGACGAAAUGGCGUUUCUGCUGAAACCCUCAUCCCUCUUAUCACUCCAUACAAGUUGGGCAAGUUCCAGCUCUCUCACAGGGUUGUUCUAGCACCAUUAACCAGGCAGAGAUCUUGGAACAAUGUUCCUCAACCACAUGCUAUCUUAUAUUACUCUCAAAGAACCAGCAAAGGGGGUCUUCUCAUAGCUGAAGCAACGGGAGUUUCCGACACUGCUCAAGGGUAUCCCCAUACACCGGGCAUAUGGACAAAAGAACAAGUCGAAGCAUGGAAACCUAUUGUAGAUGCUGUACAUGCUAAAGGCGGUAUCUUUUUUUGUCAGAUUUGGCAUGUGGGGAGGGUUUCAAACACGGAUUUCCAGCCAAACGGGCAAGCUCCAAUCUCUUGUACAGACAAGCCAUUGACACCCCAAAUCCGAAGCAAUGGCAUUGAUGUUGCCCAGUUCUCAACUCCAAGGCGGCUAACAACAGAUGAAAUCCCACAAGUUGUAAAUGAUUUUAGACUUGCUGCAAGGAAUGCUAUUGAAGCUGGAUUUGAUGGAGUUGAGAUCCAUGGGGCUCAUGGCUACCUACUUGACCAGUUCAUGAAAGACCAGGUCAACGAUCGAACUGAUAAAUAUGGCGGAUCCUUAGAGAACAGAUGCCGGUUUGCUUUGGAAGUAGUUGAAGCUGUCGUUGAUGAGAUAGGGGCAGAUAAAGUUGGAAUAAGGCUUUCUCCAUUUGCUGCUUAUGCAGAAGCAGGAGACUCAAAUCCAAAAGCUCUAGGCCUUUACAUGGCUGAGUCCUUGAAUAAAUACGGGCUUCUCUACUGCCACAUGGUUGAGCCAAGGAUGAAAACAGUUGGAGAAAAAUGCGAAUGCCCCCAUAGUCUUUUGCCCAUGAGAAAAGCUUUUAAUGGUACAUUCCUUGUUGCUGGGGGGUAUGACAGAGAAGACGGGAACAAUGCUCUGGCUGAGAAUCGUGCAGAUCUUGUUGUGUAUGGGCGUUGGUUCUUGGCCAACCCAGAUCUUCCAAAGAGAUUUGCGCUCAAUGCUCCUCUCAACAAGUACAACAGAGAAACCUUCUAUAUACCCGAUCCUGUUCUUGGUUACACCGAUUAUCCAUUUCUUGAAGACAUUGAAUAGAUUCUCAAUGGUGUAGGAUUAGAACUUGAAUCAUUUUUCAGUGAUAAUAAGCAUCCCGAAUGCCAUAGUCGUUAUUUUCUUGUGCCCCUUUCAGAUAGUUUCCAAGUAAUUGUAAGGGUGCCACAAAGAAUAUAGAAUUCAAGGACUAUCCUGCAUGGUUAUGCUUAUGUUGAUAUUUGGUUUCAUGUUCAACCUAACUCUUAUGACAAUGCUUGACUACUGUUAAGCCUAGCGUUGCAUUAUAUCAAGUUUUGGUCA